GUUCUCAUAGCCCUCAGAGCCAUGUUCCUGGACGGCUCUCUCUUCACCGUCUGGCGCAACUGGCACCUGCUGGACUCGUUAGAAGCUGCUGCGGUACCAGGCCUGCUGUACGCCGCCCAGAACACGCUCAUUCAGGUGGCCCUGCGCCACCUGGACUACCUGACGUUCAACCUGCUGAACCAGACGAAACUCCUCUUCACCGCUCUCUCCAACUAUCUGUUUCUAAGAAUUCGCCAAACCCGGGUGCAGAUCGUCGCCCUCUGCAUGCUGCUCGUCGCCGCCACGCUACUCACCCUCAGCCCUGACCCUGCUUCUGGUCCGGGGCCUAAACCUGGCCAGACUCACGGAGCGAGUGCAGCAGGGGAGGCGCCGCCAUCUAUGGCUGCUGGCGCGGCUGCCACUGCUGCUGCGGCGGCGGCUGUUGUGGCAGCAGGCGUUGCAUGGGAGAGAGUAGCACUGGGAGUGGUGCCGGUGCUGGUGGCGUCUGUGACCUCUGGGCUGGGAUCGACCCACAACCAGUGGCAAGUGCAGGUCAAGAGGCGCUGCCCCCAUCUAUUCACCAUCGAGAUGUGUUCCCUCACGUCCCUCGUCCUGCUCGUCUCUCUCUUCACUUCCCAAGACGGCGCCCGCAUGUUGCAACUCGGCUUCUUCCACGCAUGGACGCCACUCACCAUCAUUCCAGCUCUAUCAAACGCCAUAGGAGGCAUUCUUGUGGGGCUUGUGACCAAAUAUGCAGGGGGCGUUAAGAAGGAUCUUUCAUACAAAGCCAUAGAACCAGCCCAUCCAGACGGUCUGCUGGUAACCGCCAUACUGCAGUAUGCUCUCGACUCUACGGCAUGGCGGUCUGCUGGUAACCUCCGGUCUGCUGGUAACCGGCACGCCUCUCCCCAUGCCGCUCUCCCCAUGCUGCUCUCCCCAUGCCGCUCUCCCCAUGCCGCUCUCCCCAUGCUGCUCUCCCCAUGCCGCUCUCCCCAUGCCGCUCUCCCCAUGCCGCUCUCCCCAUGCCGCUCUCCCCAUGCCGCUCUCCCCAUGCCGCUCUCCCCAUGCUGCUCUCCCCAUGCCGCUCUCCCCAUGCCGCUCUCCCCAUGCUGCUCUCCCCAUGCUGCUCUCCCCAUGCCGCUCUCCCCAUGCUGCUCUCCCCAUGCUGCUCUCCCCAUGCUGCUCUCCCCAUGCUGCUCUCCCCAUGCCGCUCUCCCCAUGCCGCUCUCCCCAUGCCGCUCUCCCCAUGCCGCUCUCCCCAUGCCGCUCUCCCCAUGCUGCUCUCCCCAUGCUGCUCUCCCCAUGCCGCUCUCCCCAUGCCGCUCUCCCCAUGCCGCUCUCCCCAUGCUGCUCUCCCCAUGCUGCUCUCCCCAUGCCGCUCUCCCCAUGCCGCUCUCCCCAUGCCGCUCUCCCCAUGCCGCUCUCCCCAUGCCGCUCUCCCCAUGCCGCUCUCCCCAUGCCGCUCUCCCCAUGCCGCUCUCCCCAUGCCGCUCUCCCCAUGCCGCUCUCCCCAUGCCGCUCUCCCCAUGCCGCUCUCCCCAUGCCGCUCUCCCCAUGCCGCUCUCCCCAUGCCGCUCUCCCCAUGCCGCUCUCCCCAUGCCGCUCUCCCCAUGCCGCUCUCCCCAUGCCGCUCUCCCCAUGCUGCUCUCCCCAUGCCGCUCUCCCCAUGCCGCUCUCCCCAUGCCGCUCUCCCCAUGCCGCUCUCCCCAUGCUGCUCUCCCCAUGCUGCUCUCCCCAUGCCGCUCUCCCCAUGCCGCUCUCCCCAUGCCGCUCUCCCCAUGCUGCUCUCCCCAUGCUGCUCUCCCCAUGCCGCUCUCCCCAUGCCGCUCUCCCCAUGCCGCUCUCCCCAUGCCGCUCUCCCCAUGCGGCUCUCCCCAUGCUGCUCUCCCCAUGCCGCUCUCCCCAUGCCGCUCUCCCCAUGCCGCUCUCCCCAUGCCGCUCUCCCCAUGCUGCUCUCCCCAUGCUGCUCUCCCCAUGCCGCUCUCCCCAUGCCGCUCUCCCCAUGCCGCUCUCCCCAUGCCGCUCUCCCCAUACCGCUCUCCCCAUGCCGCUCUCCCCAUGCCGCUCUCCCCAUGCCGCUCUCCCCAUGCCGCUCUCCCCAUGCCGCUCUCCCCAUGCCGCUCUCCCCAUGCCGCUCUCCCCAUGCUGCUCUCCCCAUGCUGCUCUCCCCAUGCCGCUCUCCCCAUGCUGCUCUCCCCAUGCUGCUCUCCCCAUGCUGCUCUCCCCAUGCUGCUCUCCCCAUGCCGCUCUCCCCAUGCCGCUCUCCCCAUGCCGCUCUCCCCAUGCCGCUCUCCCCAUGCCGCUCUCCCCAUGCCGCUCUCCCCAUGCUGCUCUCCCCAUGCCGCUCUCCCCAUGCCGCUCUCCCCAUGCCGCUCUCCCCAUGCCGCUCUCCCCAUGCCGCUCUCCCCAUGCUGCUCUCCCCAUGCUGCUCUCCCCAUGCCGCUCUCCCCAUGCUGCUCUCCCCAUGCUGCUCUCCCCAUGCUGCUCUCCCCAUGCUGCUCUCCCCAUGCUGCUCUCCCCAUGCUGCUCUCCCCAUGCCGCUGUCCCCAUGCCGCUCUCCCCAUGCCGCUCUCCCCAUGCUGCUCUCCCCAUGCCGCUCUCCCCAUGCCGCUCUCCCCAUGCCGCUCUCCCCAUGCUGCUCUCCCCAUGCUGCUCUCCCCAUGCUGCUCUCCCCAUGCUGCUCUCCCCAUGCCGCUCUCCCCAUGCCGCUCUCCCCAUGCCGCUCUCCCCAUGCCGCUCUCCCCAUGCCGCUCUCCCCAUGCCGCUCUCCCCAUGCGCUCUCCCCAUGCUGCUCUCCCCAUGCUGCUCUCCCCAUGCCGCUCUCCCCAUGCCGCUCUCCCCAUGCCGCUCUCCCCAUGCUGCUCUCCCCAUGCCGCUCUCCCCAUGCCGCUCUCCCCAUGCCGCUCUCCCCAUGCCGCUCUCCCCAUGCCGCUCUCCCCAUGCCGCUCUCCCCAUGCCGCUCUCCCCAUGCCGCUCUCCCCAUGCCGCUCUCCCCAUGCCGCUCUCCCCAUGCCGCUCUCCCCAUGCUGCUCUCCCCAUGCUGCUCUCCCCAUGCCGCUCUCCCCAUGCUGCUCUCCCCAUGCUGCUCUCCCCAUGCUGCUCUCCCCAUGCUGCUCUCCCCAUGCCGCUCUCCCCAUGCCGCUCUCCCCAUGCCGCUCUCCCCAUGCCGCUCUCCCCAUGCCGCUCUCCCCAUGCUGCUCUCCCCAUGCCGCUCUCCCCAUGCCGCUCUCCCCAUGCCGCUCUCCCCAUGCCGCUCUCCCCAUGCCGCUCUCCCCAUGCUGCUCUCCCCAUGCUGCUCUCCCCAUGCCGCUCUCCCCAUGCUGCUCUCCCCAUGCUGCUCUCCCCAUGCUGCUCUCCCCAUGCUGCUCUCCCCAUGCUGCUCUCCCCAUGCUGCUCUCCCCAUGCCGCUGUCCCCAUGCCGCUCUCCCCAUGCCGCUCUCCCCAUGCUGCUCUCCCCAUGCCGCUCUCCCCAUGCCGCUCUCCCCAUGCCGCUCUCCCCAUGCUGCUCUCCCCAUGCUGCUCUCCCCAUGCUGCUCUCCCCAUGCCGCUCUCCCCAUGCCGCUCUCCCCAUGCCGCUCUCCCCAUGCCGCUCUCCCCAUGCCGCUCUCCCCAUGCCGCUCUCCCCAUGCCGCUCUCCCCAUGCCGCUCUCCCCAUGCCGCUCUCCCCAUGCCGCUCUCCCCAUGCCGCUCUCCCCAUGCCGCUCUCCCCAUGCCGCUCUCCCCAUGCCGCUCUCCCCAUGCCGCUCUCCCCAUGCCGCUCUCCCCAUGCCGCUCUCCCCAUGCCGCUCUCCCCAUGCCGCUCUCCCCAUGCCGCUCUCCCCAUGCCGCUCUCCCCAUGCCGCUCUCCCCAUGCUGCUCUCCCCAUGCUGCUCUCCCCAUGCUGCUCUCCCCAUGCCGCUCUCCCCAUGCCGCUCUCCCCAUGCCGCUCUCCCCAUGCCGCUCUCCCCAUGCUGCUCUCCCCAUGCUGCUCUCCCCAUGCUGCUCUCCCCAUGCUGCUCUCCCCAUGCCGCUCUCCCCAUGCCGCUCUCCCCAUGCCGCUCUCCCCAUGCUGCUCUCCCCAUGCCGCUCUCCCCAUGCCGCUCUCCCCAUGCUGCUCUCCCCAUGCUGCUCUCCCCAUGCUGCUCUCCCCAUGCUGCUCUCCCCAUGCUGCUCUCCCCAUGCCGCUCUCCCCAUGCCGCUCUCCCCAUGCUGCUCUCCCCAUGCUGCUCUCCCCAUGCUGCUCUCCCCAUGCUGCUCUCCCCAUGCUGCUCUCCCCAUGCUGCUCUCCCCAUGCUGCUCUCCCCAUGCCGCUCUCCCCAUGCUGCUCUCCCCAUGCUGCUCUCCCCAUGCCGCUCUCCCCAUGCCGCUCUCCCCAUGCUGCUCUCCCCAUGCCGCUCUCCCCAUGCUGCUCUCCCCAUGCUGCUCUCCCCAUGCUGCUCUCCCCAUGCUGCUCUCCCCAUGCUGCUCUCCCCAUGCCGCUCUCCCCAUGCCGCUCUCCCCAUGCUGCUCUCCCCAUGCCGCUCUCCCCAUGCCGCUCUCCCCAUGCCGCUCUCCCCAUGCCGCUCUCCCCAUGCUGCUCUCCCCAUGCCGCUCUCCCCAUGCUGCUCUCCCCAUGCUGCUCUCCCCAUGCUGCUCUCCCCAUGCCGCUCUCCCCAUGCCGCUCUCCCCAUGCUGCUCUCCCCAUGCUGCUCUCCCCAUGCUGCUCUCCCCAUGCCGCUCUCCCCAUGCUGCUCUCCCCAUGCCGCUCUCCCCAUGCCGCUCUCCCCAUGCUGCUCUCCCCAUGCUGCUCUCCCCAUGCUGCUCUCCCCAUGCCGCUCUCCCCAUGCUGCUCUCCCCAUGCCGCUCUCCCCAUGCUGCUCUCCCCAUGCCGCUCUCCCCAUGCCGCUCUCCCCAUGCCGCUCUCCCCAUGCCGCUCUCCCCAUGCUGCUCUCCCCAUGCCGCUCUCCCCAUGCCGCUCUCCCCAUGCUGCUCUCCCCAUGCUGCUCUCCCCAUGCUGCUCUCCCCAUGCUGCUCUCCCCAUGCUGCUCUCCCCAUGCCGCUCUCCCCAUGCUGCUCUCCCCAUGCCGCUCUCCCCAUGCUGCUCUCCCCAUGCCGCUCUCCCCAUGCCGCUCUCCCCAUGCUGCUCUCCCCAUGCCGCUCUCCCCAUGCCGCUCUCCCCAUGCUGCUCUCCCCAUGCUGCUCUCCCCAUGCUGCUCUCCCCAUGCCGCUCUCCCCAUGCUGCUCUCCCCAUGCCGCUCUCCCCAUGCCGCUCUCCCCAUGCCGCUCUCCCCAUGCUGCUCUCCCCAUGCCGCUCUCCCCAUGCCGCUCUCCCCAUGCUGCUCUCCCCAUGCUGCUCUCCCCAUGCUGCUCUCCCCAUCCUGCUCUCCCCAUGCUGCUCUCCCCAUGCCGCUCUCCCCAUGCCGCUCUCCCCAUGCUGCUCUCCCCAUGCUGCUCUCCCCAUGCUGCUCUCCCCAUGCUGCUCUCCCCAUGCCGCUCUCCCCAUGCCGCUCUCCCCAUGCUGCUCUCCCCAUGCCGCUCUCCCCAUGCCGCUCUCCCCAUGCUGCUCUCCCCAUGCUGCUCUCCCCAUGCUGCUCUCCCCAUGCCGCUCUCCCCAUGCCGCUCUCCCCAUGCCGCUCUCCCCAUGCUGCUCUCCCCAUGCUGCUCUCCCCAUGCCGCUCUCCCCAUGCCGUUCUCCCCAUGCUGCUCUCCCCAUGCCGCUCUCCCCAUGCUGCUCUCCCCAUGCUGCUCUCCCCAUGCUGCUCUCCCCAUGCCGCUCUCCCCAUGCCGCUCUCCCCAUGCUGCUCUCCCCAUGCUGCUCUCCCCAUGCCGCUCUCCCCAUGCCGCUCUCCCCAUGCCGCUCUCCCCAUGCUGCUCUCCCCAUGCCGCUCUCCCCAUGCCGCUCUCUCCAUGCUGCUCUCCCCAUGCUGCUCUCCCCAUGCUGCUCUCCCCAUGCUGCUCUCCCCAUGCUGCUCUCCCCAUGACGCUCUCCCCAUGCCGCUCUCCCCAUGCCGCUCUCCCCAUGCCGCUCUCCCCAUGCCGCUCUCCCCAUGCCGCUCUCCCCAUGCCGCUCUCCCCAUGCUGCUCUCCCCAUGCCGCUCUCCCCAUGCUGCUCUCCCCAUGCCGCUCUCCCCAUGCCGCUCUCCCCAUGCCGCUCUCCCCAUGCUGCUCUCCCCAUGCUGCUCUCCCCAUGCUGCUCUCCCCAUGCCGCUCUCCCCAUGCUGCUCUCCCCAUGCCGCUCUCCCCAUGCUGCUCUCCCCAUGCUGCUCUCCCCAUGCCGCUCUCCCCAUGCCGCUCUCCCCAUGCCGCUCUCCCCAUGCCGCUCUCCCCAUGCUGCUCUCCCCAUGCCGCUCUCCCCAUGCCGCUCUCCCCAUGCUGCUCUCCCCAUGCUGCUCUCCCCAUGCCGCUCUCCCCAUGCCGCUCUCCCCAUGCUGCUCUCCCCAUGCCGCUCUCCCCAUGCUGCUCUCCCCAUGCCGCUCUCCCCAUGCCGCUCUCCCCAUGCCGCUCUCCCCAUGCCGCUCUCCCCAUGCUGCUCUCCCCAUGCUGCUCUCCCCAUGCUGCUCUCCCCAUGCUGCUCUCCCCAUGCUGCUCUCCCCAUGCCGCUCUCCCCAUGCUGCUCUCCCCAUGCUGCUCUCCCCAUGCUGCUCUCCCCAUGCUGCUCUCCCCAUGCUGCUCUCCCCAUGCCGCUCUCCCCAUGCUGCUCUCCCCAUGCUGCUCUCCCCAUGCCGCUCUCCCCAUGCCGCUCUCCCCAUGCCGCUCUCCCCAUGCUGCUCUCCCCAUGCCGCUCUCCCCAUGCUGCUCUCCCCGUGCUGCUCUCCCCGUGCCGCUCUCCCCAUGCCGCUCUCCCCAUGCUGCUCUCCCCAUGCCGCUCUCCCCAUGCCGCUCUCCCCAUGCCGCUCUCCCCAUGCCGCUCUCCCCAUGCUGCUCUCCCCAUGCUGCUCUCCCCAUGCCGCUCUCCCCAUGCCGCUCUCCCCAUGCUGCUCUCCCCAUGCCGCUCUCCCCAUGCCGCUCUCCCCAUGCCGCUCUCCCCAUGCCGCUCUCCCCAUGCUGCUCUCCCCAUGCUGCUCUCCCCAUGCCGCUCUCCCCAUGCUGCUCUCCCCAUGCUGCUCUCCCCAUGCCGCUCUCCCCAUGCCGCUCUCCCCAUGCUGCUCUCCCCAUGCUGCUCUCCCCAUGCUGCUCUCCCCAUGCCGCUCUCCCCAUGCCGCUCUCCCCAUGCUGCUCUCCCCAUGCUGCUCUCCCCAUGCUGCUCUCCCCAUGCCGCUCUCCCCAUGCCGCUCUCCCCAUGCUGCUCUCCCCAUGCCGCUCUCCCCAUGCCGCUCUCUCCAUGCUGCUCUCCCCAUGCCGCUCUCCCCAUGCCGCUCUCCCCAUGCUGCUCUCCCCAUGCUGCUCUCCCCAUGCCGCUCUCCCCAUGCCGCUCUCCCCAUGCUGCUCUCUCCAUGCCGCUCUCCCCAUGCUGCUCUCCCCAUGCUGCUCUCCCCAUGCUGCUCUCCCCAUGCUGCUCUCCCCAUGCCGCUCUCCCCAUGCCGCUCUCCCCAUGCCGCUCUCCCCAUGCCGCUCUCCCCAUGCCGCUCUCCCCAUGCCGCUCUCCCCAUGCCGCUCUCCCCAUGCCGCUCUCCCCAUGCUGCUCUCCCCAUGCUGCUCUCCCCAUGCUGCUCUCCCCAUGCUGCUCUCCCCAUGCUGCUCUCCCCAUGCUGCUCUCCCCAUGCUGCUCUCCCCAUGCUGCUCUCCCCAUGCCGCUCUCCCCAUGCUGCUCUCCCCAUGCUGCUCUCCCCAUGCCGCUCUCCCCAUGCCGCUCUCCCCAUGCUGCUCUCCCCAUGCCGCUCUCCCCAUGCUGCUCUCCCCAUGCCGCUCUCCCCAUGCUGCUCUCCCCAUGCCGCUCUCCCCAUGCUGCUCUCCCCAUGCUGCUCUCCCCAUGCUGCUCUCCCCAUGCCGCUCUCCCCAUGCCGCUCUCCCCAUGCCGCUCUCCCCAUGCUGCUCUCCCCAUGCCGCUCUCCCCAUGCCGCUCUCCCCAUGCUGCUCUCCCCAUGCUGCUCUCCCCAUGCUGCUCUCCCCAUGCCGCUCUCCCCAUGCUGCUCUCCCCAUGCCGCUCUCCCCAUGCUGCUCUCCCCAUGCCGCUCUCCCCAUGCUGCUCUCCCCAUGCUGCUCUCCCCAUGCCGCUCUCCCCAUGCCGCUCUCCCCAUGCCGCUCUCCCCAUGCCGCUCUCCCCAUGCCGCUCUCCCCAUGCCGCUCUCCCCAUGCCGCUCUCCCCAUGCCGCUCUCCCCAUGCCGCUCUCCCCAUGCCGCUCUCCCCAUGCCGCUCUCCCCAUGCCGCUCUCCCCAUGCCGCUCUCCCCAUGCUGCUCUCCCCAUGCUGCUCUCCCAUGCUGCUCUCCCAUGCCGCUCUCCCCAUGCUGCUCUCCCCAUGCUGCUCUCCCCAUGCUGCUCUCCCCAUGCUGCUCUCCCCAUGCUGCUCUCCCCAUGCUGCUCUCCCCAUGCUGCUCUCCCCAUGCUGCUCUCCCCAUGCUGCUCUCCCCAUGCCGCUCUCCCCAUGCUGCUCUCCCCAUGCUGCUCUCCCCAUGCUGCUCUCCCCAUGCUGCUCUCCCCAUGCUGCUCUCCCCAUGCCGCUCUCCCCAUGCCGCUCUCCCCAUGCCGCUCUCCCCAUGCUGCUCUCCCCAUGCUGCUCUCCCCAUGCUGCUCUCCCCAUGCUGCUCUCCCCAUGCUGCUCUCCCCAUGCCGCUCUCCCCAUGCUGCUCUCCCCAUGCUGCUCUCCCCAUGCUGCUCUCCCCAUGCUGCUCUCCCAUGCCGCUCUCCCCAUGCCGCUCUCCCCAUGCUGCUCUCCCCAUGCUGCUCUCCCCAUGCUGCUCUCCCCAUGCCGCUCUCCCCAUGCUGCUCUCCCCAUGCUGCUCUCCCCAUGCUGCUCUCCCCAUGCUGCUCUCCCCAUGCCGCUCUCCCCAUGCCGCUCUCCCCAUGCCGCUCUCCCCAUGCCGCUCUCCCCAUGCUGCUCUCCCCAUGCCGCUCUCCCCAUGCUGCUCUCCCCAUGCUGCUCUCCCCAUGCUGCUCUCCCCAUGCUGCUCUCCCCAUGCUGCUCUCCCCAUGCUGCUCUCCCCAUGCUGCUCUCCCCAUGCUGCUCUCCCCAUGCCGCUCUCCCCAUGCCGCUCUCCCCAUGCCGCUCUCCCCAUGCCGCUCUCCCCAUGCCGCUCUCCCCAUGCUGCUCUCCCCAUGCCGCUCUCCCCAUGCUGCUCUCCCCAUGCUGCUCUCCCCAUGCCGCUCUCCCCAUGCUGCUCUCCCCAUGCCGCUCUCCCCAUGCCGCUCUCCCCAUGCUGCUCUCCCCAUGCCGCUCUCCCCAUGCUGCUCUCCCCAUGCUGCUCUCCCCAUGCUGCUCUCCCCAUGCUGCUCUCCCCAUGCUGCUCUCCCCAUGCCGCUCUCCCCAUGCCGCUCUCCCCAUGCUGCUCUCCCCAUGCCGCUCUCCCCAUGCUGCUCUCCCCAUGCCGCUCUCCCCAUGCUGCUCUCCCCAUGCUGCUCUCCCCAUGCUGCUCUCCCCAUGCUGCUCUCCCCAUGCUGCUCUCCCCAUGCUGCUCUCCCCAUGCUGCUCUCCCCAUGCUGCUCUCCCCAUGCUGCUCUCCCCAUGCUGCUCUCCCCAUGCUGCUCUCCCCAUGCCGCUCUCCCCAUGCCGCUCUCCCCAUGCUGCUCUCCCCAUGCCGCUCUCCCCAUGCUGCUCUCCCCAUGCUGCUCUCCCCAUGCUGCUCUCCCCAUGCCGCUCUCCCCAUGCUGCUCUCCCCAUGCUGCUCUCCCCAUGCCGCUCUCCCCAUGCUGCUCUCCCCAUGCCGCUCUCCCCAUGCCGCUCUCCCCAUGCCGCUCUCCCCAUGCCGCUCUCCCCAUGCCGCUCUCCCCAUGCCGCUCUCCCCAUGCCGCUCUCCCCAUGCCGCUCUCCCCAUGCUGCUCUCCCCAUGCUGCUCUCCCCAUGCUGCUCUCCCCAUGCUGCUCUCCCCAUGCCGCUCUCCCCAUGCUGCUCUCCCCAUGCCGCUCUCCCCAUGCUGCUCUCCCCAUGCUGCUCUCCCCAUGCUGCUCUCCCCAUGCCGCUCUCCCCAUGCCGCUCUCCCCAUGCCGCUCUCCCCAUGCUGCUCUCCCCAUGCUGCUCUCCCCAUGCUGCUCUCCCCAUGCCGCUCUCCCCAUGCCGCUCUCCCCAUGCCGCUCUCCCCAUGCUGCUCUCCCCAUGCCGCUCUCCCCAUGCUGCUCUCCCCAUGCCGCUCUCCCCAUGCUGCUCUCCCCAUGCCGCUCUCCCCAUGCCGCUCUCCCCAUGCCGCUCUCCCCAUGCCGCUCUCCCCAUGCCGCUCUCCCCAUGCCGCUCUCCCCAUGCUGCUCUCCCCAUGCUGCUCUCCCCAUGCCGCUCUCCCCAUGCCGCUCUCCCCAUGCCGCUCUCCCCAUGCCGCUCUCCCCAUGCUGCUCUCCCCAUGCCGCUCUCCCCAUGCUGCUCUCCCCAUGCCGCUCUCCCCAUGCCGCUCUCCCCAUGCCGCUCUCCCCAUGCCGCUCUCCCCAUGCCGCUCUCCCCAUGCUGCUCUCCCCAUGCUGCUCUCCCCAUGCUGCUCUCCCCAUGCUGCUCUCCCCAUGCUGCUCUCCCCAUGCCGCUCUCCCCAUGCCGCUCUCCCCAUGCCGCUCUCCCCAUGCCGCUCUCCCCAUGCCGCUCUCCCCAUGCCGCUCUCCCCAUGCUGCUCUCCCCAUGCCGCUCUCCCCAUGCUGCUCUCCCCAUGCCGCUCUCCCCAUGCCGCUCUCCCCAUGCUGCUCUCCCCAUGCCGCUCUCCCCAUGCCGCUCUCCCCAUGCCGCUCUCCCCAUGCUGCUCUCCCCAUGCUGCUCUCCCCAUGCUGCUCUCCCCAUGCUGCUCUCCCCAUGCUGCUCUCCCCAUGCUGCUCUCCCCAUGCCGCUCUCCCCAUGCCGCUCUCCCCAUGCCGCUCUCCCCAUGCUGCUCUCCCCAUGCUGCUCUCCCCAUGCCGCUCUCCCCAUGCUGCUCUCCCCAUGCUGCUCUCCCCAUGCUGCUCUCCCCAUGCCGCUCUCCCCAUGCCGCUCUCCCCAUGCCGCUCUCCCCAUGCUGCUCUCCCCAUGCCGCUCUCCCCAUGCCGCUCUCCCCAUGCUGCUCUCCCCAUGCCGCUCUCCCCAUGCCGCUCUCCCCAUGCUGCUCUCCCCAUGCCGCUCUCCCCAUGCCGCUCUCCCCAUGCCGCUCUCCCCAUGCUGCUCUCCCCAUGCCGCUCUCCCCAUGCCGCUCUCCCCAUGCUGCUCUCCCCAUGCUGCUCUCCCCAUGCCGCUCUCCCCAUGCCGCUCUCCCCAUGCUGCUCUCCCCAUGCCGCUCUCCCCAUGCUGCUCUCCCCAUGCUGCUCUCCCCAUGCUGCUCUCCCCAUGCCGCUCUCCCCAUGCUGCUCUCCCCAUGCUGCUCUCCCCAUGCCGCUCUCCCCAUGCUGCUCUCCCCAUGCCGCUCUCCCCAUGCCGCUCUCCCCAUGCCGCUCUCCCCAUGCUGCUCUCCCCAUGCUGCUCUCCCCAUGCUGCUCUCCCCAUGCCGCUCUCCCCAUGCCGCUCUCCCCAUGCCGCUCUCCCCAUGCUGCUCUCCCCAUGCUGCUCUCCCCAUGCCGCUCUCCCCAUGCCGCUCUCCCCAUGCUGCUCUCCCCAUGCCGCUCUCCCCAUGCUGCUCUCCCCAUGCUGCUCUCCCCAUGCCGCUCUCCCCAUGCCGCUCUCCCCAUGCCGCUCUCCCCAUGCUGCUCUCCCCAUGCUGCUCUCCCCAUGCUGCUCUCCCCAUGCUGCUCUCCCCAUGCUGCUCUCCCCAUGCUGCUCUCCCCAUGCCGCUCUCCCCAUGCUGCUCUCCCCAUGCUGCUCUCCCCAUGCUGCUCUCCCCAUGCUGCUCUCCCCAUGCUGCUCUCCCCAUGCUGCUCUCCCCAUGCUGCUCUCCCCAUGCCGCUCUCCCCAUGCCGCUCUCCCCAUGCUGCUCUCCCCAUGCUGCUCUCCCCAUGCUGCUCUCCCCAUGCUGCUCUCCCCAUGCUGCUCUCCCCAUGCCGCUCUCCCCAUGCUGCUCUCCCCAUGCUGCUCUCCCCAUGCCGCUCUCCCCAUGCUGCUCUCCCCAUGCCGCUCUCCCCAUGCCGCUCUCCCCAUGCCGCUCUCCCCAUGCUGCUCUCCCCAUGCUGCUCUCCCCAUGCCGCUCUCCCCAUGCCGCUCUCCCCAUGCCGCUCUCCCCAUGCUGCUCUCCCCAUGCUGCUCUCCCCAUGCUGCUCUCCCCAUGCUGCUCUCCCCAUGCUGCUCUCCCAUGCCGCUCUCCCCAUGCUGCUCUCCCCAUGCUGCUCUCCCCAUGCCGCUCUCCCCAUGCUGCUCUCCCCAUGCCGCUCUCCCCAUGCCGCUCUCCCCAUGCUGCUCUCCCCAUGCUGCUCUCCCCAUGCUGCUCUCCCCAUGCCGCUCUCCCCAUGCCGCUCUCCCCAUGCUGCUCUCCCCAUGCUGCUCUCCCCAUGCUGCUCUCCCCAUGCCGCUCUCCCCAUGCUGCUCUCCCCAUGCCGCUCUCCCCAUGCCGCUCUCCCCAUGCCGCUCUCCCCAUGCUGCUCUCCCCAUGCCGCUCUCCCCAUGCCGCUCUCCCCAUGCCGCUCUCCCCAUGCUGCUCUCCCCAUGCUGCUCUCCCCAUGCUGCUCUCCCCAUGCCGCUCUCCCCAUGCCGCUCUCCCCAUGCCGCUCUCCCCAUGCCGCUCUCCCCAUGCCGCUCUCCCCAUGCUGCUCUCCCCAUGCCGCUCUCCCCAUGCCGCUCUCCCCAUGCCGCUCUCCCCAUGCCGCUCUCCCCAUGCUGCUCUCCCCAUGCUGCUCUCCCCAUGCUGCUCUCCCCAUGCCGCUCUCCCCAUGCCGCUCUCCCCAUGCUGCUCUCCCCAUGCUGCUCUCCCCAUGCCGCUCUCCCCAUGCUGCUCUCCCCAUGCUGCUCUCCCCAUGCUGCUCUCCCCAUGCUGCUCUCCCCAUGCUGCUCUCCCCAUGCUGCUCUCCCCAUGCCGCUCUCCCCAUGCUGCUCUCCCCAUGCUGCUCUCCCCAUGCUGCUCUCCCCAUGCUGCUCUCCCCAUGCUGCUCUCCCCAUGCUGCUCUCCCCAUGCUGCUCUCCCCAUGCCGCUCUCCCCAUGCCGCUCUCCCCAUGCUGCUCUCCCCAUGCUGCUCUCCCCAUGCUGCUCUCCCCAUGCUGCUCUCCCCAUGCUGCUCUCCCCAUGCCGCUCUCCCCAUGCUGCUCUCCCCAUGCUGCUCUCCCCAUGCCGCUCUCCCCAUGCUGCUCUCCCCAUGCCGCUCUCCCCAUGCCGCUCUCCCCAUGCCGCUCUCCCCAUGCUGCUCUCCCCAUGCUGCUCUCCCCAUGCUGCUCUCCCCAUGCCGCUCUCCCCAUGCCGCUCUCCCCAUGCCGCUCUCCCCAUGCUGCUCUCCCCAUGCUGCUCUCCCCAUGCUGCUCUCCCCAUGCUGCUCUCCCCAUGCUGCUCUCCCCAUGCCGCUCUCCCCAUGCUGCUCUCCCCAUGCCGCUCUCCCCAUGCCGCUCUCCCCAUGCUGCUCUCCCCAUGCUGCUCUCCCCAUGCUGCUCUCCCCAUGCUGCUCUCCCCAUGCUGCUCUCCCCAUGCCGCUCUCCCCAUGCUGCUCUCCCCAUGCUGCUCUCCCCAUGCCGCUCUCCCCAUGCUGCUCUCCCCAUGCCGCUCUCCCCAUGCCGCUCUCCCCAUGCCGCUCUCCCCAUGCCGCUCUCCCCAUGCUGCUCUCCCCAUGCUGCUCUCCCCAUGCUGCUCUCCCCAUGCCGCUCUCCCCAUGCCGCUCUCCCCAUGCCGCUCUCCCCAUGCUGCUCUCCCCAUGCUGCUCUCCCCAUGCUGCUCUCCCCAUGCUGCUCUCCCCAUGCUGCUCUCCCCAUGCCGCUCUCCCCAUGCUGCUCUCCCCAUGCUGCUCUCCCCAUGCCGCUCUCCCCAUGCUGCUCUCCCCAUGCCGCUCUCCCCAUGCCGCUCUCCCCAUGCCGCUCUCCCCAUGCUGCUCUCCCCAUGCCGCUCUCCCCAUGCCGCUCUCCCCAUGCCGCUCUCCCCAUGCUGCUCUCCCCAUGCUGCUCUCCCCAUGCUGCUCUCCCCAUGCCGCUCUCCCCAUGCCGCUCUCCCCAUGCCGCUCUCCCCAUGCUGCUCUCCCCAUGCUGCUCUCCCCAUGCUGCUCUCCCCAUGCUGCUCUCCCCAUGCUGCUCUCCCCAUGCCGCUCUCCCCAUGCUGCUCUCCCCAUGCUGCUCUCCCCAUGCCGCUCUCCCCAUGCUGCUCUCCCCAUGCCGCUCUCCCCAUGCCGCUCUCCCCAUGCCGCUCUCCCCAUGCUGCUCUCCCCAUGCCGCUCUCCCCAUGCCGCUCUCCCCAUGCUGCUCUCCCCAUGCCGCUCUCCCCAUGCUGCUCUCCCCAUGCCGCUCUCCCCAUGCUGCUCUCGCAGGGGUUCACAGUGA